AAUUUUCGAGAAAACAUGAUGGAUUCAGCAAGCUGCUGUAACUUGGUUAUUCUUAGAUAAGUUAAAUUUAUGGAUGUCUGGCUCUACAUCUGACAUCUCAGUGAGGGCCAUUGUUAAAUUUUGUUUACAAAUGAUAUGCAAAUGUGGUGUUCACGGCCGUGAAAUCAACUAGUUACGGGAAAGAAGCCAUCUAAAAGAUCAACUAUGGCGCCGCCGCGUGCGGAUAACAAGAAAUUCUCGAAGGAAAGAUCAAAACAAAAGGCAGCAAAGAAGCCCUCGAAAUCGUCUCUUCCUUCUACGGCAGUGGCCGUCGCUUUAACCGCUCUGGUAGCGAUAUGUGUAGCUAUGUAUUACAAGAAUGGAUCUGGGAUCGAGACGAACCUCCGCCAAGCGACGAAGGAAAGAACCAAAGAAUCAAUAGGAACUUCAAAUUCCAAACGAAGUGAUACGAAUGCCGAUUUUAAAGUUCUACCUCGAUUAAAUGGUGUGAAGGUUGGCCAUGUGCAAAAAAGACAACUAAGCCCAGGAAAGGUGUAUGAAAUUAAGACACUUAGCUUAAGACCGCCUAUCUUCGAAAUUCCCGAUUUUCUGUCCGAAGACGAAUGCCAGACUAUAAUAAACCGAGCUUCCAAGGCGGGCCUGGACACCAGUGAGGUCCAGGACCCUGAAACGGGUAUCAACAUUGAGCCAACCAAUAAGGCGACGUUUCACAGUUGGGAUUACAAUAACGAUGGUGUCAUUGAAAAAGUAGAGGUAAUGCAUAAUCUUGUUGAUCUCAGUGAUUUAUACUUCUCAGAAGAAGACAUCGCAAAAAUGUUUGUUGAGCUGAAAGUAGACAAGAAUAACAAUGGUGUUAUGGAUUUAAAAGAGUUCCUUGCAGUGACGACAAACAAGAUUAUGAAAAGUCUUCAUAACAUGGCAAAAAAACUUCCUCGGGUGAAAAGCCGAAACAGUCAGCAAACAUGGUUGGAUCAUCGAAAGAUCAAAGGACUCAAUGACAGAGUGGCGGCUCUAACAAAGCUUCCAAGGGCAGUUAUAGAGGAGAGUGAAGAACUUCAGGUUGUCCAUUACCAUCCCGAGGGCCACUAUCACUGUCAUCACGAUUCCCAAGAUUUUGAACCGAACGUUCCUUGUUGUGCUUUCCGUGAUAGAAGUCACUGUCGUCUUUGCCGGUAUAUUACAGUGUUGUACUUUUUAAAUGAUGUGGAAGAAGGAGGCGAGACUGCCUUUCCAGUUGCGGAUAAUGCAACAUUUAGCACAGAGGCGUGGGCGGAGAUCACCAAAUUUCGCUGCGACCUGAGCAAGCAUUGUCACAAAGCCAACUUAUUCGUAAAACCUCGUAAAGGAACAGCCAUCCUGUGGUACAAUCACUUGCGGGAUGAAAAGACUGGAUGGCACGGGAGACUGGACGAAAUGACUUAUCAUGGAGGGUGUGAUAUCAUCAAAGGAGAAAAAUGGAUUGCAAACAAUUGGAUAAAUAUCCUUGGAGACUCGCGAGAGACUAUGGUUUCGUACAAAAAUCCUAAGAAAAAAAUUAAAUGAGAAGCUUUGAAUUGUUAUUGUUUUAAAAUAACACUAAAAAAGAUUGUGACCUUGUUCUCAGCGUCUUCUCUCUACUCGUCCUCCAAAAUCAAAGAGAGACUGGGGCGGGAAAAAAGGGACUCUGAGAAUGUAACUGAACUGGUGUUUAACAAUGCACUGACGCCUUUUCUCUCGAAUUCAUAUUUUUUAGCCUUCCUAAAAUAAUUCUAGCCUCCCCCCCUUUUGCGGUGAUUUUCGGGAAGUAAUUCAGGGGGUCGUAUUUCUCUCAAUACACUCGUCAAAUCUAAUUUUACUACCUUAUAAAUAUUAAGCACCGUACCAGGACUGUUUAAGGUAAGAAAAACUUUUUUUGAUGAGUUUUCUCUGUAGAAUUCAGCGGUUUUCGACGUUACCCUGGGGUAA